AUGGCUGAUGCAAAUAAACGUAAACGUUUAAGUGGUUUUCAGUACAGAAAAAUGUCGAAAGCAAAAAAAGAAAGAGAAGAAAAUUUACCUAAUGAAGUUCAUAAUAAGGUUGUAACAGAUACUCCUACAUUACAAGUAAAUGAAAAAACAGAAGAGAUUCAUAAUUAUAAAAUUAAUGAUGACAUGACUGUAGACGGUAGUAAUAGUUGUGAUAUUAAUGAAACCAACAAAUUACUACAAGUUCAAGCCAAAAACCAGAUUAAUGUGAGGUGUCCCAUGUCUGUUGUAAAUGUUGAUGGUAAAAAGGAAGUUAAAUGUAAUGUAAAAGAUACAAAUGUUCAAUAUGAUUGCUGGUUUAGUAAUGAUCCAGCCAAAUGGGUUUUGAAUGAAUCAGAGUUUGAUUAUUAUUCUAAAAAUCAAGUAACGACAAAUUUAGUGGACAUCCAAUUUAACAAAACUUUUCGAAGAAUUGGUAAAUAUAAUAGGAAAUUGCCACGUGAAGCAUUUUUCAGAAAAUUACUAAAUGGCGAAUUCAAACAUCGUAAUUGGCUUUUAUACUCUCACUCUCAAAAUUCACUAUUUUGUUUCUAUUGCUUACUUUUUGCUCAGAGAAAAACUAAAUUUAGUCGUCCAGGAUUUGGGUAUAUUGAUUGGAAAAAUUGUUUAUUGGAUGUUAAUCACCAUGAAAAAUGUAUUAAGCAUACUGAAUCAGUCCGUAAAUGGCAUUCUAGGCAGCUUGAUAACCAAUACUGUAUAGACAAUUCUCUUAAAAUAGAAAUUAAUAAAGAAGAAGAGUAUUGGACAAAAUUACUUCAUCGAUUAAUUGAAACAAUAUUAUUUUUAGCUACAAGAGGUCUGGCAUUUAGAGGAGACAAUGAAACAAUUGGUUCCAAAUUUAAUGGAAAUUAUCUUGGCUGUCUCGAACUCCUAUCAAAGUUUGAUCCAUUUCUCGCUAAUCACAUUGAUAAAUACUCUAAUAAAGGUCGUGGAAAUGUAUCUUAUUUAUCAAGUAGAAUAUGUGAUGAAUUUAUUGAUCUUAUGAGUAAAACUGUGUUACAAUGUAUUGUUAAAGAAAUAAAAAUUGCCAAAUAUUUUUCAAUAAUUGUAGACUCAACGCCAGAUGUUACAAAGGUGGAUCAAUUAACCGUGGCAGUACGGUACAUUUGCAAAGAUGGUUCACCUGUAGAGAGAUUUAUAGGGUUUCUUCCUUCAGUUGGUCACAAAGCAAAAGAAAUGGAAUUGGAACUAAUGAAAAUGUUUAAAAACUUGGACAUUGAUAUGAUAAAUUGCAGAGGUCAGUCGUUUGAUAACGCUAAUAAUAUGUCAGGCAUCUAUAAUGGUUUACAAGCACGGAUUAAGCAAAAAUCAAAUACAGCAGAAUUUGUACCAUGCUCAGCCCAUUCUUUAAAUUUAGUUGGGACAUUUGCUGCAGAACUAACCAGCAUGGGAAAUACAUUUUUUUUGAGAGCUCAAAACCUAUAUACUUUUUUUUCUGCGUCUACCUCGAGGUGGAAUACUUUAUCGAAAGAGUUAGAUCAAAUUCCUAAUGCUCAACUUCUAAAAAACUUGUGCCCUACUCGUUGGUCAUCACGGCACUCUGUUUGUAAAUCAAUUAAAAAUGGAUAUGUUGGAAUUCUCGCUGCUUUAGAAAUAAUAUAUAAUGAUUUAAAUCAACGAAAUGCAGUUAAACAUGAAGCCAAAUCAAUUUACAAUAAAAUAAAAUCAUUAGAUUUUGUCUUUCUUUUAGUUGUUUGGACGCCUCUUUUAGAAAGAUUUGACAAAACUUCCAAAAGUCUUCAGUUAAUUAAUAUUGAUUUGUCGUGUGUAGUUUCUCUAUAUGAUUCAUUAGUAUGUUAUAUUCAAGAGCAAAGAAACAAUUUUGAAAUAUUUUUAAGUGAAGCGAUAAAAAUUAGUGGCAUAAACAAAUUUUCUUGGGAGGAAACUAGAACUAAACGCAGAAAUAUAUUUUUUGAUGAAGAGCCUAGUGGUGAAGUUAUAUUUUCUAAUUCAGACAAAAUGAAGAAUGAAGCUUUUAUUCCUAUAAUGGAUGCAUUGAUUCUUCAACUAAAUGAAAGAAAAGAAGCAUAUACAAAGCUAUGUGACAAAUUCGGAUUUUUUUCUGAUAUGGAAAAUAUUGAGGCAAGUGAACUACGUAAAAAAGCAUUAAAGCUUGUGGAGUAUUAUGUUAAUGAUUUAGAAGUAGAAUUUGUUGAAGAAAUCGUUCAAUUUAAAAAAUACAUAAUAAAUUUUCCCAACGAAACCAAAAACAUGCAAGGAAUGUUAAAAUACCUUAAUAAUAAUCCAUCAUUAAACACAACUUUUCCUAAUGUUGAAAUUGCUUUAAAAUUAUUUAUUUGUAUGCCAUGUUCUAAUGCCAGUGGAGAAAGGUCCUUUUGUGUUUUGAAGAGAGUUAAAAACUAUUUACGGUCAUCAUUAUCAAAUGAGAAAACAUCAGCAUUAUCAAUAUUAUGUAUUGAAAAUGAAAUUGUCAAGAAUAUCAGUUGGACAAGUCUUGUUAAAAAAUUCUCAAAACUUAAAGCUAGAAAAAAAACAUUUGUAUAA